AUGUCAUCCGGAAAGGGCCCAUCCGAGUUUCCAAACUUGGAGGCUAAACUUCAAAAACCCACCAAGCAGUCCGCAUUCGAGAAGCAAAAAGCAGAGGCCGAAGCCAAGCGACUACGAGAAGAAGCCGAAACCGCCGCCGUGUACAACGAAUUUGUUAAAAGUUUCGAUCGCGACGAUGAUUACGAUGGCCAUGGCGCACCCAGCUCUUCAGCGUUCUCGCGUCCACGGCCUGGAUUUGGAGGUCCGCCGCCUCCCUCAGGACCCGGUAGACGACACUUCGGCACAUCAGGACUGAAGAGCGGUCCUGGAAGUUUGGGGCCACCACCAUCUUCGUUUGGAAAGAAGCGAUCUUUUCAAGACUUUGCGCGGGGACCUCGCGACAAGGGAGUACUGAGUUAUGACGAAGGCGGUAGUAGAGGACCAAUUCCAGCAUCUAGGGCUUUCAACACGAGCGACGAUGAGGAUAUGGAUGGCGCGACAAAUAGAGCCGAAGAAAAAGCGAUUGCGAAGCCCACGUUACGGCUGUCGAAUAUACCACCCGGAACUUCACCAGCUACGAUAAAGGCACUGAUCCCAGCGAAUCUGGUGGUUGAGGACGUCAAAAUUACUCCCUCCACGGGCCCCGCUGGAUCAGAACGGAAGCACGCUGUUUCGAUAGUGGUAUUGUCCCAGGAUACACCCGCAAACGAAAUCGAAGCGGCCGUGAAUGCGUUGCAGAACCGGUACUUGGGCUAUGGCUACUACUUGUCUCUCCAUCGACAUCUUUCUUCAGCUGUCGCAAGUUCGGCGGCGCUGCCAAUUAUUGGUUCCAACGCAGCAUCCCAUCCUUUCGGGGCGAAGCCUGUCGAACAGUCAUCGGGACCACAGAAUGCGCCAGCACAGCAUGGCUUCCGCAAAGGAUUUGCACCUCCUACCUCAUAUGGUCCUCCAGGGGCUGGUGUCAACAGGUCGAAUCUUCUACAUGUGCCAGUAAAACCGCCAUCGGAUGUUAAGACGAUCCAGUUAAUCAGCAAGGUCAUCGAGGGCGUUCUUGAGCACGGCCCAGAGUUUGAGGCGUUGCUCAUGUCACGGCCUGAAGUCCAAAGCGAAGAAAAAUGGGCGUGGAUAUGGGAUGCAAGAAGUCAAGGCGGCAUAUGGUAUCGAUGGAGGCUAUGGGAGAUCAUCACAGGCUCGCAACAAUCACGGCAGAAGGGUAAAUACGUCCCUCUCUUCGACGGUUCGCAUGCAUGGAAAGCCCCCGAGAAAAAUCUCAAAUAUGAGUACACAACGAAACUCGACGAAUUUGUAUCCGAUUCAGAGUACAACUCAUCAGACGAAGAGGAUUUCGACGACGAGAACAAGAAAGAAACCGCAGACGCCGAUUCUGAUAAAACGUUCCUCAACCCCUUGGAUAAGGCUAAGCUUACACAUUUACUCGCGCGAUUGCCGACAUCAAUGUCGAGGUUAAGGAAGGGCGACGUUGCGAGGGUAACAAGUUUUGCGAUCGCUCAUGCUAGUUGUGGAGUGGACGAGGUUGUGGGAAUGAUCACAUUUAACGUUGAGAAGCCACUUGCUCUUACCGGUGCGAACCCUGAAAAGAAACCGGCUGCCAAAGACUUGCAGCCAAGCGGACAGGAAGAGGCAUCAAAGGAGGAGGGCGUCGAUAUAAGUGCUGCCAGCCUAGUAGGCUUAUAUGUUGUGAGUGAUAUAUUGUCGUCCUCAUCGACCAGCACCGUACGGCAUGCAUGGAGGUUCCGGCAACUAUUCGAGACGGCACUGAAGGAUCGCAAGACCUUUGAGACACUCGGUCUCAUGACAGAGCGACUCAAAUGGGGUCGUCUCCGUGCCGAAAAGUGGAAACGCAGCAUCCAUCUCGUUCUUAAUCUGUGGGAGGGAUGGUGUGUUUUCCCAGCUGAAAGCCAGGAACUGUUCGUCCGGAGUUUUGAGAACCCUCCGUCAUUGGCUACUACGGAAAAGGAGAGCAGCGAAGAAAGAAAGGGUAAAUGGAAGACGGUCGAGGAUACACAAGUACGAAUGCUCCCAGUUUCGACUGCAGUGGAAGAAGAAGAGGACGACGUACCGGGUGAGGCGAUCGACGAAGACGAUAUUAUAGGAGAACCGGUGGAAGAGGGCGACGUCGAAGGGGAGCAUAUUGAUGAGGAUGACAUCGAAGGUGAGCCGAUUGACGAGGACGAAGUGAUUGGAGAACCAAUGGACGAGGAUGAGGCUAUGGGAAGUGAACCGCCACCACCAGCACCUUCGGAACAAACCCCUGCUGAAAGCGGAAACAAGGUCCAAGAAGACUCGUCCAGAGCCGGACCGCCUAGAAGGCGGAUGCGAGCGGUGGACAUGUUUGCGGACUCUGACGAUUCGGAUAAGGAGAAGGGCGCAUAA